AGUGAUGUUGAAUUUCAAGGGCAGUUCUACUUCUAUUCUGAACGGUGAGAAGAAACAUGAGCAUGCUAAGCAGAGUGGGUCAAGUGCGCAGGUGUGCUGCCACCGUGAGCCCUGUCCUGGGCACGGUGGCAGCCAGAUGGAAGCACUCGCUCCCUGACCUGACCUAUGACUAUGGAGCCCUGGAGCCCCACAUCAACGCAGAGAUCAUGCAGCUCCACCACAGCAAGCACCACGCCACCUACGUUAACAACCUCAACGUCACAGAGGAGAAGUACCUGGAGGCACUGGCCAAAGGUGAUGUGACAGCACAGGUUUCUCUCCAGCCUGCUCUGAGGUUUAAUGGAGGAGGCCACAUCAACCACACCAUCUUCUGGACAAACCUCUCCCCAAAUGGCAGUGGAGAACCACAGGGUGAGCUGGCAGCGGCCAUCAACCGUGACUUUGGCUCCUUCCAGGCAUUGAAGGACAAGAUGUCUGCCGCCACUGUGGCGGUCCAGGGCUCAGGCUGGGGCUGGCUGGGCUUCGACAAGGAGAGCGGGAAGCUCCGUAUCACAGCCUGCCCUAAUCAAGACCCACUGCAGGGAACCACAGGUCUGGUCCCCCUGCUGGGUAUUGAUGUGUGGGAGCACGCCUACUAUCUACAGUACAAGAAUGUCCGACCCGACUACGUCAAAGCAAUCUGGAAUGUCAUCAACUGGGAGAAUGUGAGCGAGCGCCUCCAGGCCGCCAAAAAGUAGACCUUUGCCCCCUCAGAGCACACACUGGCUCUUCCUUCCUGCCCCAAACCUUACCCCUGCAGUCCUUACUACCUUAAGAGAGCAGAAAAUACCCUCUUAACCCAAAUGAAGAUGGCUGCUGUAUACUGUACCAGAGAGAAUAUUCAGUCUGUAAAGCUGUUUAUUUGUCCGACUAUAGCUAGGUUUCCAUCCAAUUUGGCGACAGACUUUCAUGCGAGUAUUCUAAAAUCGGCAUUAGAACAAUGUGCAUUUUCCCACGAGAUGUUUCCAUCAAAUUGACUUGUUGCAAUUGCUGUGCGUGAUGACAGUGCACAUAAAAAUACCUUAUGCGGUUAAAUUCCCAAAUAUAAAAGUGAAAUGUGUUUCUAUCGCAUUUAACUCUAAUGAUGGUUCUCACAAAAAAUGUUGCGUUGUAUACCGAGUGUGCCCAGUCUUGUAUUGUCACGUGUCCUUCAGUGCACGUAUGGCUUAAAUGAUGAGAUUAUUAUAAACAAAAGAGCGAGAAUUUUUAUUUGUUUAACGGCAGACAAGCAUCAAGCUCAUCGCCAUGCACUUUCACCUCCCUGUGAAGUCAUGACUUAAUCUGUAGACUAAUAAACUGCAUGCUUUCCCGACUAGUUGUAGUGGGAUAACCGCACAUAUCAUUGUGUGACUCAAAAUAAUCAUAUCGAAGUAAACUUUACCAGUAUUCGCUCAUAAAUGCAUUUCCACUGAUAUUUCUCGCAAAAUAUUUUUUUUUAAUUACAAUUUUCUUUUUCCAUCAGGCCUGUCAUGGCAACAAACAAAAUUCAGACCUGUACUUUACUCACAAAAAGGUUGGAUGGAAACCUGGUUAGUGUUGUACAAAUAUUAUGUAAAUGUGAUAUAAUAAAAUAUUUAGUUUGAAUUGUA